AUGGUGUCCAUCACGACCGAAUAUAUCAGUGUAGGGGGGAAUCGGCAUCCAGCCGCCGCAGACUGGGACGUACAGUUGGGCGUGCUCGCCUUCGGUGCAGAUAACAAUGUAGCUUUAUGGGAUCCGAGUGAGACCUCUCAGCGCGGCGUUUACUCUCUCCUCGUGGGCCACACCGAUAAAGUCAGCGCCGUUCGGUUUUACACAUGCCCCAUCACUGGUGCAAAGCUGCUUUUGACCGGCUCGGUCGACCAUACAAUUCGGAUAUGGCGCGCUGAUUCGGCAAAUGCGCGCCAAUUCACCCAUGCGCAUACGCUGGUGGGUCAUACAAACUCCGUGAACACCAUCGCUGUUGCCGACGAUAUCGAUAUCGUUGCUUCUGGGGCUGCAGACGGCAGUGUCAAGAUAUGGAAGAUCAGCGUUCAAGAGGAAGGGGCAAAGGGUGAUUUGGCACAAAGUCUCACCAUGAAACCUCGGUUUUUUCCGCUGGCGUUAUCGCUGACAUUGCUCCCAACGGACGCGCAAGACAAACCUGCGGUGUUGGCGGUCUCGGGCACAAUCAAUAGAGUACAGCUCUAUGUCUCCGAGAACACAUCUGCCGGCACAGACUUCAAGCUCUGCGCUACCCUUUCUGGUCAUGAAGCUUGGGUGCGGUCGCUAUCAUUCACUAAUGACAAGCAAAGCAAAUCAGGGGAACUACUGCUCGCAUCAGCCAGUCAAGAUAAGUAUAUUCGAUUGUGGAGGCUUCAGCGAGGGGAGGUCGCCCCGGCAGCGCCGGCAGGUGAUGAAGACUCUGUGCUUGGUGGGCUUGAGACGACGUUAUCCAACAAAGCGCAUCAGUUCGAAGCAGCAGGUUCGAAGUAUUCCAUUACUUUCGAGGCUCUCCUGUUCGGCAAUGAAGACUGGAUAUAUACCACGGCUUGGAAUCCAAGUGCAGAUUGCCAGCAGCUCCUUUCGGCUUCCGCAGAUAACACCUUGACAAUUUGGGAACAGGAUCCAGUGUCUGGCGUAUGGCUCUCCGCCGAAAGGAUGGGAGAAAUAAGUGUUCAGAAGGGAUCGACUACAGCCACUGGUAGCACUGGCGGAUUCUGGAUCGGCCUCUGGUCUCCGGACGGCAAGCGCGUUGUGAGUCUGGGUCGAACAGGGAGUUGGAGAGCUUGGAAGUACGAUGUGGAUUCAGACAUGUGGCUGCAGGCUCUGGGGAUUACAGGUCAUGUAAGGUCGGUGAAUGGUAUACAAUGGGAGCCUACUGGGGGAUACCUCCUCUCAACCAGCGCCGAUCAGACGACGCGUCUGCACGCAGAAUGGUUGCGCGACGACACCAAGUCGUGGCACGAAUUCUCAAGACCACAGAUCCACGGCUACGAUCUGAAUUGCCUCGAUACGCUAGGGCCUGCUCGGUUUGUUUCGGGUGCAGACGAGAAAUUAUUGCGAGUAUUCAACGAACCAAAACCGAUUGCCCAACUUCUGGAAAGGUUGUCAGGAUUCAAGUCAUCAACGGAAGAAGAGCUCCCAGACACAGCGCAGAUCCCCGUUCUGGGUUUGUCGAAUCAGGCUAUCGGAGAUGAGCCUUUGGCAGAGGGGAAUGAAAAUGCUGAAGCUGCGCCAAUUCUAGCAAACCAAGCAUUGAUAUCGAAUCUGAACCAUCCACCACUAGAAGAUCAGCUAGCUCGAUACACGUUAUGGCCCGAGCAUGAGAAGCUCUACGGCCAUGGCUACGAGAUUUCUGCAGUGGCUGUUAGUCAUGACCGGACACUGAUUGCCACUGCUUGCAAAGCAAGCUCCCUUGAUCAUGCCGUUGUACGGCUUUAUGACACAUCGGAUUGGCAUGAGAUCCGGCCUUCUCUCACAGCGCAUUCUCUGACCAUCACAGGUCUUUGCUUUUCAUAUGAUGACCGAUACCUUCUCAGCGUUGGAAGAGAUCGGCAGUGGGCCGUCUUUUGUCGGGACGAGCAAGAUUCUUCCUCGUUCUCCCUCAUGACAUCAAACCCCAAGGGUCACUCUAGAAUGAUACUUGAUGCCGCCUGGGCCCCCAUGGCGAGUCCUGUCUUCGCGACGGCAGGUCGUGACAAAUCAGUCAAAAUCUGGGCAAUGGUGGAGAACUCCUUCGAAUGCAAGACGAAUGUCUCUUUAGAAAGUUCAGUCACAGCUAUUUCGAUCCUUCCUUACGUGCAUGAAGCCUCUUUCUUCCUUGCAGCUGGUGAAGAGAGCGGCAAAUUAUCAGUCUAUCAAGUCGAUAUUGGCAGUCUGGAGGCGAAACAUCUCGCUUCUCUUGAUAAAUUGAUAUCUCCUUCCAGAACCAUUACGCAGUUAUCCUGGCGGCCUUGCAGUCGGAAAACGGAGGGAGAGAAUAAGCAUAGAUUUGAACUCGCUGUGGCAAGUGAGGAUGCCUCAAUGCGUGUAUAUGCCAUCUCUACUGUGCUUUCCUGA